UCAACUUGUCUUCACGAAGUAGAUGAACUCCAUGUUCCCAAUCUUCACAUAGUAGACCUUCUCGAUAUUGCAAUGCAAUGACUCCAACUUUUUUUUCAUUUUUGUUCUUCUUUCACCCACAUACACUUUUAAUUUGAAGCCCGAGCCAACAUAUAUAGAAUAGAUGGGACUUUCAAAGGAAUAUUGAACGAACGAACGACAAGAGAUAUCGGAAUUAGUAUCGGAAUCCUCAAAAUGAACUCCAAACUUCGAGCUUCUUUCAACGUCAAGAAAAUUGCUAUUGUAGGAGCAGGCCCCUCUGGGUUGGCUGUAGCAAAGUACCUUCUAGCGGAGAAAUACUUUGACAAGGUCGAUAUCAUUGAGCAACAAGCUGAAGUGGGAGGGGUAUGGAAUUAUACCCCGAAUAUAAGUGACAGUGUAACCAUCCCAUCAACGACACCAAAUGUACCGCCUGAGAGGCCAAUCUGGCCACAGGACGGAAAUGCUCCCGUUUUCUCAAAUCCCAUGUAUGAUCGUCUACACACGAAUAUUCCUAAAUCAUUGAUGUGUUUCUCUGACCGACCAUUUCGCUCUGAAUCUUUACUUUUCCCUACACGGGAAGAUGUUCAAGAAUACCUCAUGCAUUAUUCUGGGGAAGUUAGACAUCUGAUUCGUUUUUCGGAGCAAGUUCAGAACAUAAGGCUAGAGCCCGAAAAUGGUCAGGAUCGAUGGGAAAUCACUUCCAAAUCUACAAUUACCAAUAACGAAAUCAAAGAGACUUAUGAUGCCGUUGUUAUUGCAAAUGGUCACUAUUCCGUUCCUUUCAUACCUGAUGUACCAGGGAUUAAGGAAUUCAACUCGGCUCAUUCAUCUAUCAUAUCACAUUCUAAAAUAUUCCGUUCGCCUGCUUCUUUUGUAGGCAAGAAAGUAAUCGUGGUUGGUAAUGGGGCAUCGGGCUUGGAUAUUGGGACGCAGAUCAGCAAAGUCUGUAAAAGACCUCUGUUGAAUUCUGUCAGAACUUCCUCUGGCGAAGUAGAGGAUGGGAAAGAAGAAGUACCUCCUAUUUCAGAAUAUCUCGCAGACAUCAGGGGUGUGAGGUUCGAUGAUGGGCGGGUCGAAAAGGAUAUCGAUGCCAUAGUGUACUGCACAGGAUACUUCUACUCAUAUCCAUUCCUCAACUCAUUAAAUCCACCUGUCGUUGUCACAGGUCGACGAGUGGUCGGCUCAUACCAACAUCUAUUUGACAUCCAACAUCCAACCCUUGCAUUUACAGCACUGGCACAAAAAGUUAUCCCAUUCCCCAUAUCUGAAGUCCAGAGCGCAGCAAUUUCGAAAGUCUGGUCGAAUAAGUUGGUCUUGCCCAGUAAGGAGGAAAUGAACUUAUGGGAGCAGGAGCGGGUGAAAGAACACGGUAAUGGCACGUCGUUCCACAUAUUUGGUUACCCACAUGAUGCAGAAUACAUAAAUGGUUUACAUGACUGGGUAAAAGGCUCCAAAGAUGGAUUCAGUAAGGAACCAGCAUAUUGGGAUGAGAAGAAGUUGUGGAUAAGAAAGUUGUAUGCAGACAUAAGAAACAGGUUUAUUGAGGAUGGCGAAAAAGCAAAGACAAUGGAAGAGCUGGGUUAUGAUUUUGAGAAACGUAACGCGUAGAUAAAGAGAUAGAAUUUAGAGAUAAUAUCAUGGGCACAAUGGGAAUGAAAUAGAGUAGAAGAUUAGAAGCAAGAACAUUUGACAUUAAUUAUUGACCUUAGAUUGUCGUGCGCUUCUACACCACUGGUAUCCAAGCAUUCUCGCACAACCAAAAGGAGACCAAAACUUGAGUGAAGACACGAUUGAUUUUUGACUAUGUAACUAUGGACUUGAUAUAAAAUAGGUCAGCAUUGAAAAGGGGCAUAAUGAUUCCAUCCAUAGAAAGCUUUCACCCAAGUAUCAAUCAGUCUUUGCCAAAGUUCAUCUCAACUUCAACACAGCAAACAUGUAUCCGUAGAACAUGGCGGUUGAAUCGUAUUACCAGAGUUGUAUUAUCCUCAUAUCAUUCAUCCAAUUGUGCAGAGCGUCCGAGUGUGCUUACCCUAUGCUUUAUCCUCUUCAUCAAUGUCAUUAUCAUCCUUGGUUGAAAUGAUUCAUUGUUCAAAUUUUGAUAUGUAUCCAUCUUUAGGUCAUCAUCGUGUCAUGGAAGCCGCACGAGGGGCCCUCGUGACGAUGGUUUUGAAGUGGUAAAUAUAUUCUCGACCAAGUUAUCGGAAUCGGCAGUUGAGUUGUAAUGAUAUCAAACUGUCGAUGAUUUGAGUUAAUGG